UCUGAGGUCAGUAAACAAGAAGCGUGCGUUCCCCUUUAAGAAGCCCCCACCGUCGGUACAGCGGAGGGAGGAGGAGCGAGUUUCUAGAACAGCGGCUGAGGAGGGAAAAAAAGAAAAAGAGAGAAAAAAAACCCAACAGCGGACGGUUUCAAGUCGCCCCAAUAGAAACUGUGCCUGAUUUGUGGCCAAUGUUGGAGAUGUAAAAAAAAAAGAAGAAAAAAAAAGGAGGAGGGGGGAGUAAAAACACUAAAGGGGGUAGCUAUGGAGAUGGAGCGUUUUCCUGGCUGCUUUCUUUGACAGGUGUUGAGUGGGGUAAAAGUCUUAAAACAGAAUCCAGCAUGUACGCCAAAGGUAAAGGAGCUGUCGUCCCUUCCGAUAGCCAAGCGAGAGAAAAGUUAGCUUUAUACGUCUAUGAGUAUUUGCUGCAUGUCGGCGCACAGAAAUCCGCACAGACCUUCCUGUCAGAGAUCCGAUGGGAGAAGAACAUUACGCUGGGGGAACCCCCAGGAUUCCUACACUCGUGGUGGUGUGUAUUCUGGGAUCUGUACUGCGCUGCCCCGGACCGGAGGGAGACAUGCGAACAUUCCAGCGAGGCCAAGGCUUUCCAUGACUAUAGUGCAGCCGCAGCCCCCAGUCCAGUGAUGGGUAACAUGCCCCCAAACGAUGGCAUGCCAGGUGGACCCAUGCCCCCGGGCUUCUUUCAAGCCUCCAGUACCAGAGGCAACACAGCAGCCCCACAACAUUAUGGAUCCUCCACCAUGUUUAACCACUCAACAAAUUCAAGUGAAAACAUCUACACAAUGAUGAACCCCAUCGGCCCCGGUGGAAACAGACCUAAUUUCCCAAUGGGACCGGGUCCUGACGGACCAAUGGGUGGGAUGGGCGCUAUGGAGCAGCACCAUAUGAAUGGAUCGCUAGGCUCCGGUGACAUGGAUGGGUUGCCAAAGAAUUCUCCCAACAACAUGGCGGGCAUGAACAAUCCCCCAGGGACUCCGCGGGACGACGGCGAGAUGGCGGGCAACUUUUUAAACCCAUUCCAAAGUGAAAGUCCCCUGGGGAUGCCCCUGGAAAGCAGGACUCCCAUCAAGGCCCCCCAUCCCAACGCCUGCAAAAUGGGAGUGAGAGCGUGAAACAGUUGGUCGCCGAGCAGCGGGGGCGGGGGGCCAGAAGGGUCUCUCCACAAAUUCCUCCUCGCCUGAAGGGCUUCGUCACAGGCCCAGGACACUGAGAGGCCUGGCCGAGCCUGCUCCCGACCCGUCUCUCCCAACCCCACCAGCCUGUCCGUGCAGUUGGAUUUCAUACCUGAUCAAGGUGCCGCUCUGCAGCCAGCUCCACUCCAUCACCAACUCCACCGCUCCAACAUGUUAACGCUGAUCAUAAUUUAAAUUAUGAGGGCAUGCAGUAGUUGACUGAUGGGGGUUAGAAUCUGAACAAUCCUCAUCCAAUAACUGCUCCUGCAUGGAGGGAAAAAGUGACAAAAAAAAAGAACUGAUAAUAUUAUUUUAGGGCAAGAACGUUUUUUUUUUUUUAAAUGUUUGUAUUUUGUUGAUGAUGAUGUUAUUGUUAUGAUUUUUAAUAAUUGAUAUUACUGUUCUAAUUAUGUAGUUAUGAUUUCCUGUAAAGGGCACAUUUUAUCUCAGCAGCAGCAUCAACAAUGACAGAAUAAGCACACACUCGAAAAAAAUGCACAAUGAUACUUCUGUUUACAUGAUUUUAGGUAUUUGUUGUUUUUGUUCGUUUUGUCGUGUCACAGUCUCUUCACAUACCUCUCCUUGGGUUCUCUUUGGAACUUGUAGCUUGUGUCUUCACUAUCUUAAAGUUUGCGGCACCAAAUGCAUAAACUUUCAGAUUUAGGAUUAUUAUAGGAAUAAUUGACCGUCCUCGCCUAACGAAAUAUAGUAUGGACUAAGGUACCAUCCUGGCAAUAAUUAUCCAUACAGCGGAAACGGGGGCUCUCCUACAGCCCUGUUGUUUUGGUUGGGGGAUUUUGUGGCGUAACAUGUCUGUUGAUACACCUUAGUAAUCAAUCUUGCUAUCUGUCUUAAUGAGCACCCCUCCUCACAUUCUGUAAUGGUUUUGCUGGGUGGGGAUGGACUGUUCUAAUGGGGUUGCUAAUAUGACUUUCAGGACAGGUGGCUUCAAACUAUUGUUUUGAUUCAAUCACGGCUGCCCAUCUGUCUCACCAUUUCUCAUUUGUUAAUGGAGAGAAAUGGAGAGAGAGAGACAGAUUAUCUUUCUCCUUCAUGGAUCUGGUCUUGCCUGUAAAUACAACAUAUUUAGCUUGUAUUGUGGUUGUUUUAUUAUUUGCCAUUUACAUCUUGUCUGUGAAUCCUGAAAAGUGGCUCUUUCCUCUUUAUCACGUAGUUUGAUUUCAAUCUCACCAAGGACUCAACUUGUAAUGUUUUCUCAAUGGAGUCAUCCUACACCCCUGCCAAGUGUCGGCCUUGCUGCGAACUGGGAGACAUUCUGGGACGUCUGGUAAACUCACAAAGCCCACCCCCUUGAUUUCAGUUUGGGUCGAGCUUGCAGGUCUUUAUAAUUCACCGUCUUUGCUCGGAUGACACAGGCUAAAUUUCCUUAAAGCUUCCGUUGACCAGUUCGCCUCGGGAAUCCACGGCAGUGUAUAUGGAAUAUUUGCAUCCUGGGUGUUGGGUGGAUUUAGCAAGACGUGGUGAUGUGUGGAGGGGUUGAUGGAUGAUGUAUCCUCAACAGUCUAAAGAAGAGGAACAAUUAUAGGCUACCCUUGUAAUGGAAAUCCUUUCUGUUCGGUUGGACUGAAUUGUGAGUCAAACCUUUUCGCAUUUAUUAUUGCUUUUUUUUUUUUUGGUUGAUUGAUUUUUGAAUAUCUAUGAAGUGUAUUCAAGAAAAAAUGUUGAGAAAGAAAAAUCAAGAGCCCAUGGAUUCUGCACAUAAAGAAAAACAUUAGUUGCAUUUUAUGUUAUUUAAUUAUUAUUAUUAUUAUUAUUAUUAUUUUUUUUUGGUCUGUUAUGUUCCCUUGGCCUCAUGGACCUUCUGUCACUGUAUCAAAGGUAUAGAUUACUGUAUCUAUCAUAAUAUCAGUCUACAGCACUUACUUUACAGCUGUGUUUAACCCGUCAGUAACAAAAGAGGCAUCGCAGCCUCGGCUGGUCGGUGAUGUAACUCGUCAGUAUGCUGAUAUCAUUGUGAACUAGAUCGUGUUGCGGAGCCCCAACACGGACAUCCCCGGGGCCUGGCUGGCAGUGCUCUGGGAAAACUGGGAGACACAUUCUCGGGUAUUCCCUUCAGCGAACCGACACACACACCCCGUUAAUGCCCUCCUUCCUCUUUCUACACCCUGCAGACCCUUCCCCCUUUACUUCAAUUUUUCUUUUUCUUUUUGUAAAUACUGUAUAAUGCAUUUUGAUAUCAUUGACAUGUUUUGAUAUGUCAGUCACUACCAAUGAAUACAGCUUAAAGUAAAUUAUAAAUAAACUGUCCAUGUUUUUCAUAAUGGAGAGACGAUACGCUUAAGAUUCGGUUCAUUUUCGGCAAAGGCUAAAUUUACAUUUAAGAUGUAUGUGGAAUACGGUAACACAGUCAGUGGGAACCGUAGCUACUUGGAAUACUGUGGGGAAAACCAACGGUUGAAAUGAACUCAAACUGCAUCUGGAUAUCUCGCAAGGACGGAGAGAUUAUAAAAGGAUGUCCGGAAGACUUCCCUUGAUGCGGCCGACAUCCUCACUUCCAUCCUUUCCUCUUGACAUCGCCUGUUGGGGAAAAAAAUCUAUUAUUGGUUUUUGAAUAAUCACUUGAUUAUUUUAAAAGCCAUCGUCUCAUGCAUACAAACUACAAAAAAACAUGUGACCACAUAUUACAGUUUUUAAUAUGAAGGAUUUUUAUCGAUUUAAGAAAAAAAAGUUUUAAAAAAGGAAAAAAUACUUAGAGAACCUCAUUUUAAAUUAAGAAUAGAUCAAAAAGUAAUACUUAUGGGGGAAAACUGUGUCCUUUGCUAUUCACUCCUGUAAUAGCGUUGUAUAGAUUGAUGCUCUCUCACUGAUCCUCUCUCAGUCCUCUGUGUAUAUCGAUUGUUGGCCAUCUCUGUACUUCUAUUGUGAUGUAUAAAACUGUACCAUUAGGAAGACUUGCUGGGUGGGCGGGGUUGGGGACAGGGGAUCCAAGGGAGGGGGACAUAAAUGACUCCUGUACCUUUCAUGGUCCUUUUUGACGACACGGCAGUAUUCAAUAUGAAGCAGUCUGUCUCUUGGGUUUGCUUUGUAUUUCAUGGUAGGAUAGUUCAGAAUCUUGUCUUAGGGACUUAGGUGUCUUGUGUAGGUAAAAAAAAAAGAAGAUGUCCUUUGUAUGUUUCUUUAUAUUGUAAAGUUUCUUUAGACUGAAAGGAAAACAGAUAAUUUGCUUAUCAAAAAAGAAACUGCAUCAAUAAUAAAUGUCAUUUGAU